AUGCAUGGAGCCCAGCUUUUCCGGGCCAAGAGGUUGGCCAAACUUGUCAAGGAGGCGAGAUGUCAAAGGCGCCGUGGCAAAGCGAAGCCAACCGGCUGGAACAUGUGGUUGGCUACAGACUCUCCAAGGGAACGGGCGCAUGGAUACUCUAGACGCAAGCAAGACCACGCACAGAGAGAUGGUUCCCGUCCCGAGAUUCUCUUCAGGUCUUGCUGCGUUGCUUCCACACAGCCUUUCCGGGCCAAGAGGUUGGCCAAACUUGUCAGGCAAGCAAGACGUCAAAGGCGCGUUUGCAAAGCGAAGCCAACCGGCGGGGCUACAACUUGGUCCCCGGUGUCCCGCCAGAACUCCAGCACCAUGCUUGCCAUGCUUGCCCACGGGCCGGAACAAGAGGAGCUUGACGGACCCAAGCGUAGGCCAGCUGUCAGAGAGGGCGUGAGAAGCAAGAGAGCACACGUACUUGGAAUGUGUGGGGAUGCGGACACACCCCCCUGA